AGGUGAGCCGGUCCAACAUGGCGUCGUUAGUAACAGUAUCACUGUUGUUAUUGUGGUAUGCAUCGUUUGCAUUAACAGUGACGGAGCGUGACGGCCGGAGCGGAGUGUCAGAGCCGUGCUACAAGCCCAUCCGCGACCACAGACCGGAUCAUGUGAGAACAUAUCCCAGGCCACACGAAUACAUAAACGUGUCGGACCUCCCUUCGUCGUGGGACUGGAGGAACAUCGAGGGGAAGAAUUAUGUGAGCAUUACACGAAACCAGCACAUCCCUCAGUACUGUGGCUCCUGCUGGGCCAUGGGAGCCACCAGUGCGCUGGCAGACCGGAUCAACAUCAAGCGUGGCGGAGCGUGGCCGUCGGCCUACCUGUCAGUCCAGAACGUGAUUGACUGUGGGAGGGCGGGCUCUUGUUUCGGAGGAGAUCACCUGAGAGUCUACGCCUAUGCACACCAGAGAGGCAUUCCUGAUGAGACAUGCAACAACUACCAGGCCAAAAACCAAAAGUGUGAGCUGUUUAACCAGUGUGGCACCUGCUCCUUCUUUGACUCGUGCGCCAUUGUGAAGAACUACACGCUGUGGAAAGUGGGCGACUACGGAGAAGUUUCUGGAAGAGACCGGAUGAAAGCUGAGAUUUACACCAACGGGCCUAUCAGCUGUGGAGUGAUGGCCACGGCGGGCUUGGAGGCGUACUCAGGGGGGAUCUUCGCCGAGUUUCACCCCAUCUCUUUGAUGAAUCACAUCAUAUCCGUAGCCGGUUGGGGUGAGGCAGAGGACGGGACCGAGUACUGGAUCGUCAGAAAUUCCUGGGGAGAGUUUUGGGGAGAGCAUGGAUGGGCGAGAAUAGUCACCAGUGCCUACAAGGGAGGAAAAGGCAAUUGGUACAACCUGGCUAUCGAGAAAAGCUGUGCAUACGGAGAUCCCAUUGUAACAUAGAGGAUUAAUUAAACUGAUUGAAAGAA